UGAAUUUAAAAUCAAACUAUCAAUUAUCGGCCAAUUAGAUUUGCGCUAUACUAUUUUUGUAUUUGUGAAAUAAUGGCCGGAAAAAUUACGUGUUCAAGAUACAUAAUAGUACCGUUUUUAGAAUAUUUGCUUGGCAUUAUCGGCAUUAUAAAAUGACUAUAAAGUCUCACCUGUUUUUAAAAUUCUUUACUUUUUGAAAAAUAUAUCAAAAAUGGAGGAGAGCAUUGAACCACUACUUAUCGAACAAACUUCAUCAAAACAGCAACAUAGUUAUUAUUCAAUUGUUACAAUAUUUAUAUUGUCAAUGUUGUACUUUUAUAUUGCUAUUAAAGAAUAUCCAAAAUGGAGGAAAUUGCGAGAAAAUUUCUUCACAAAAUCCAAAAAUAAUUUAAAAUUUGAUCCCAAACCCGAAACAACGGAACAAAAAAAUCCGUUACUUUAUAUUCCAUUUAUUCCUUUUGCAGCAAUAUAUUUAACAUUAAGAAUAAUAUGGGACACAUUUAGAUUAUUCGUAUUUUAUUCAUUAGAUUUAAUUGAAAUGGGCUUAAUAAUGCUUGGAAACUUUUUAAUACAAAAUAUUAAAAUGAUACCAAAAGUUUGUGCAGCAAUACCUUCAUUAUGGAAAACUUACAUUCAAACCCCAUUUCUUAAGAUGUCAUAUCUUUUGUUAGAUUGGUCGUAUUUAUAUGUAUGGCCGGUACUUAAAUCUACGGUAAUUAUUGCGUGGGACAUCAGCAUUGUGACAUGGACAAAAGGACGGGAAGUUACAAUAUAUUCAUGGAAGUUUUUAGUAAAAUAUUCUAAAAUUGGAUGGGAUGAAAUAAUAUUUCCAUCAUUAAACUUUAUGUCAUGGGUAGUAACCACAUUCAUUAUUGAACCAGGUAAAUGGAUGAUAUCUAGUAGUGUCUAUUUAGGAAGGAUAUUUUGGUAUUGUGGAUGUUUCCUCGCCAGAGAUUUAGCAGAAGAUUUUAAAGAAUUAUUUUGUGUUGGAUGGAAAAUUAGCGUAUUAAUAUACAAUAAUGUAUUACACCCAGCCGGAAAAUUGGCUAAUAGAAUUUAUGAAAAGUUUAGACAUUAUUUUCCUAAACUCCAAAAAAUUUUAUAUGUAAGAUUUAUAUUGGCUAUAACAAAUGAAGCGAUUUAUAUUAUAUACGAAAUCUGUAGAGAUCCAUUAUUUCGUAGUUGUGCAGAAUACAUUUAUUCUAUCUUACAAUCUGCAAUUAUUUAUAAUAUAAUCAAAAAACUUAUCAGCGAUAUAUCUAGUAUACUACAAAUCAUUAAACCAAAACUUAUGAAUCGUCUUAAACAAUGUGGACUGGAAUUAAUCGAAUUCACAUUUAUGUCAGCGUUGGAAAUAUCUAGAUCAGCAUACUUUUAUUAUACCAUAUUAUUACCAAUAUUCAUCAACAUGCCAGUAAUUUAUAAUGAAUUUAAACAAAUUUGUAAUGAAUUCUAUAGAAAUGUUAAGGAGCGUGUAUCGAAAAUUUUGAAAUCAUUAUGGACAAUAUUCGCUCCUUUAUUACGUCCCAUAAUAUUAGCUUUAAGUUUCUUUUAUACAACAGUAAUUUUAGUUGUACUUUUAUCAGCAUUCAAGAUGGGCAAUUUUGUAGUAUCAAUAUCAAUCGAAGCACUUAAAGAGGCAUUAGUUUUAGUACAAAAAGGUUUAUCAACAUUACAUUCUAUAUUAGGAUCAAUGUAUAAUGCUCUCUUACCUUAUCUUUCUUUAAUAUUACAAACAACAAAGGAUAUGAUGUAUGAGUUAUAUGUAGCAAUUAAUAAUUUGGUGGCAGAAUACUUUCCUUCAUUUAUGAAUUAUUUUACUGGAGUCAUUUUAAGGCAAGUACAAACACUCAAAGAGUAUGCAAUGAAUGCUUAUGAAAAAUAUGAACCUGUCAUUGUGGAAUUAAAAGAUCGUGUUAAAGUGACUGCUGACGAAGUUGUUUUAAAUAUUGGUCAAGGUAUGAUGGAAUGGGUUAAAAAAGAGAAGGCAUUAAAAGAAGGUGUUUUAUUUAAAGAGGAAUAAUCAAUAGUAAUAGGAAAGAGCAAGGACUUUUUAAGAAAAAAAUCAUUUUUUUUUAUAUUUUUAUGUUUUAUAUAAAUCAUAUGUAAUAACAAAAAUUUUAUAAAAUAUAUAUAAAUAC